CCUGGCUCGGAGUCUAGGCGAUGCAGGCCACCGCGUGUCGCCCUUCCCCUUCACCGCCUCCUCUUCCUCUUCCUCUUCUGCCAGCAAUGGCCGCCGCCAUUCCACAAGAACGCACCCGCACCAUCUGCAUCGUCGCCCACGUCGACCAUGGCAAGUCGUCCUUUGCCGACUCGCUCCUCGCCGCCAACGGCAUCAUCUCGUCCCGCCUCGCCGGCACCAUCCGCUACCUCGACAGCCGCGAGGACGAGCAGGAGCGCGGCAUCACCAUGGAGAGCUCGGCCGUCAGCCUUCGGUGGCGGCUACCCAAGAAGGCCGUCGAGGGCGACAGCGACAAGGCGCCGACCGAGGACUACAAGAUCAACCUGAUCGACACGCCCGGCCACGUCGACUUCUCGAGCGAGGUCUCGACGGCGUCGAGGCUGUGCGACGGCGCUUUCGUUCUCGUCGACGCAGUCGAGGGUGUCUGCACGCAGACCGUCACCGUCCUGCGCACCGUCUACCUGUCGCACCUUCGCCCGAUCCUCGUCAUCAACAAGCUCGACCGCCUCGUGACCGAGAUCAAGCUGUCGCCGAUCGAGGCGUACCACCACUUGAACCGCAUCAUCGAGGACGUCAACGCCGUCGUCGGCUCGUUCUACUCGUCCGAGCGCAUGGAGGAGGACCUGCGCAGGCGAGAGCGUGCCGAGGCGGCCCAGGACGCGCACGACGCCGCCGGGACCGACGGUGCCGCCGCCGCCGGCAGCGACGAGCCGUACGAGGAGCGCGACGACUCGGCCCUGUACUUUGACCCGGCGCAGGGCAACGUCGUCUUCUCGUCGGCGAGUGACGGCUGGGCGUUCCGCAUCGCGCGCUUCGCCGAGCUGUACGCGGCCAAGCUCGGCCUGAGCGAGAAGGCGCUCGGGAGGUGCCUGUGGGGCGAGUGGUACCUCGACCCAAAGUCGAAGCGCGUCCUGAGUCGCAAGAAGAUGGAGCAGAGCGGCAAGAAGCUCAAGCCUCUGUUCGUCCAGUUCGUGCUCGACAACAUCUGGGCCGUGUACGACUCGGUCUCGCUCAACCCGAACCCGGUCAAGGUCGACAAGAUCAUCGCGUCGCUCGGCGUCAAGGUCCGCCCGCAAGACCUGCGCGCCAAGGACACGCGCAACCUGCUCCUGUCCAUCUUCUCGCAGUGGCUGCCCCUCGCGCCAUCCGCCUUUUCGGCCAUCAUCGACAAGGUGCCGCCGCCGGCCGCCGCCCAGGCGUUCCGCGUCCCGCGCAUGCUCCACCCCGAGCUCGGCCACCUCGACGAGGCGAUCGCGCCCGCCUCCAAGCUCGAGUCGGACCUGUUCUCGGGCGCCGACGAUCCCGAGGCGUUCCGCGUCGCGUACGUCAGCAAGAUGUUCGCCGUCAAGGCCGACGACCUGCCCGAGAACCAGCGCCGGCAGCUCACGGCCGACGACAUGCGCGCCCGGGCCAAGCUCCUCAAGGACGCCAAGGAGCGCAAGCAGCAGCUCGUCGACGAGGGCAAGCUCGACGAGGCCGACCAGGUCAUGCGCGACUACGAGGCGCAGAUCGCCGCCGCGACGGCGGCCGCCGGCGGCCCGAGCGCCGACGACGCGCACCGCGACGUCCUGAUCGGGUUCGCCCGCCUGUACUCGGGCACCGUGUCGCUCGGCCAGACGCUGUACGCCGUCCUGCCCAAGUACAACGCCGACCUCGCGCCAUCGCACCCGCACAACGCCAAGCACCUCGCGCCCGUCAAGGUCGAGCAGCUGUACAUGAUGAUGGGGCGCGAGCUCCUCGCCGUCAAGGAGGUCCAGGCCGGCAACCUGUUCGCCGUCGGCGGGCUCGAGGGCACCGUCCUCCGCAACGCGACGCUGUGCGGCAUGGGCCGCGACGAGGAGGUCAAGGAGGGCGCCGCUCGGGACGAGGACCGUGAUUGCCUCGUCAACCUCGCUGGCGUCACCAACACGGCACCCCCCAUCGUCCGAGUCGCGCUCGAGCCGCAGGACCCGUCCGAGAUGUCCAAGCUCGUCGAGGGCCUUCGACUGCUCAACCAGGCCGACCCUUGCGUCGAGACGCUCGUCCAGCCGACCGGCGAGCACGUCAUCCUCACGGCCGGCGAGCUUCACCUCGAGCGCUGCCUCAAGGACCUGCGCGACCGGUUUGCUCGCAUCGAGAUCACCGUCUCGCCCCCGAUCGUCCCGUUCCGCGAGACGGCUGUGCACGGUGUCGACAUGGCGCCGCCCAAGACGGCCGGUCAAGCUCGCGGCACGGUCCUCGGCGCCGUCCAGUCGGGCCUCGUCACGUUCAGCCUGCGCGCCGCACCUCUUCCUUCCUCCAUCACCAACUUCCUCUCCGCCAACGCCGCGACGCUCAAGCGCCUGCAGCGCGACCGCCGCAGCGGCAAGUCGGACGACGAUGACGUGGCGGCGGGCGAUGCCGCCCAGCCCGAGGGCGGCGCCGUCGUCCCGGUCGAGGAGUUCUGGAUCAAGCUCGAGGAGCUGCUGAAGGAGGCAGGGAGGGAGUGGGCGGGUUUGGCCGACCAAGUGUGGGCGUUCGGGCCUCGCAGGGUCGGGCCCAACCUCCUCGUCGACAAGACUGCCGGUUCUCCUCGCUCGCUCCGCCGGCGCCUCGAGCGCCAAGCCGCCAUCCCGUCCGCCCUCCAGACGCCGGGCGGCGGCCCCUCGGCGCUCACCCCACCCAAAACGCCUCUCGCCGCUCCUUCCGACCCGACCCUCGCACGCGAGUUCGCCUCGACCGAGUUCUCGGCCGGCGAGAUCGACCUGUCGACGCUCAAGCAGUCGCUCACCGAGGUCGACAUGUCGUCGUCGGCCAUGGAGCGCCUCCCGGACGUGCGCGAGCUCGACGAGAACUUUGAGACGGCGUUCCAGUUGGCGAUGAACCGCGGUCCGCUGUGCGCCGAGCCCGUCGUCGGCAUGGCGUACUUCCUCGAAGCCGUCGAGCUCAACCCGGGCGAGCAGGACAUUGCCUCGGUUCGGCAACGGUGGUCAAACGCCCGAGGGCAGCUCAUCUCGGCCGGCCAGGACGCGUUCCGCAACGGCCUCCUCGACUGGUCGCCUCGGCUCCAGCUCGCGACCUACUCGUGCGACAUCCGGGCGACGGGCGAGGUGCUCGGCAAGGUGUACGGCGUCGUCACGAAGCGCAAGGGGCGCAUCGUCUCGGAGGAGAUGAAGGAGGGCACGGCCUUCUUCACCGUCUCGGCGCUCUUGCCUGUUGUCGAGUCAUUCGGCUUUGCCGACGAGAUCCGCACGCGCACCUCGGGCGCCGCCUCGCCCCAGCUCGUCUUCCACGGAUACGAGACGCUCGACCAGGACCCGUACUGGGUGCCGACGACCGAGGAGGAGCUCGAGGACCUCGGCGAGAAGGCCGACAAGGAGAACGUCGCCAAGAAGUACAUGGACGCUGUCCGCAGGCGCAAGGGCAUGGCUGUCGACCGCAAGGUGAUCCUGCACGCCGAGAAGCAGAAGACCAUGAAGUCGGCCUGAGGAGGACGAGGGAGGACGGACGGCUUGGUAGAGCUCGCAUCGUAUCUGCAUCUUGUAGCAUUCGCUCUC